AUGGACGCGCUGGAGUCGUUGUUGGACGAGGUGGCCCUGGAGGGGCUCGAUGGCCUGUGUCUGCCCGCACUCUGGAGCCGUCUGGAGACGCGAGUGCCGCCUUUUCCGCUGCCUUUGGAGCCCUACACGCAGGAGUUUCUGUGGCGGGCCCUUGCCACGCACCCGGGCAUCACCUUCUACGAGGAGCCGCGGGAGCGACCCGAUCUCCAGCUCCAGGACCGGUAUGAGGAAAUUGAUUUUGAAACCGGAAUCCUGGAGUCUAAGAGGGACCCAGUCCCUUUGGAGGAUGUCUACCCCAUUCAUAUGAUUUUAGAGAACAAAGAUGGCAUCCAAGGUUCCUGCCGUUUUUUUAAGGAGAGGAAAAACAUUACCAAUGAAAUCAGGACCAAGUCUUUGCAGCCUCAUUGUACGAUGGUGGAAGCCUUUGGCAGGUGGGGGAAGAAGCUGAUCAUUGUUGCCUCCCAGGACAUGCGUUACAGGGCCUUGAUCGGCUCAGAGGGGGACCCUGACCUGAAGCUCCCCGACUUCUCUUACUGCAUUUUGGAGCGAUUAGGCAGGUCCAGGUGGGAAGGAGAACUCCAGCGAGACCUUCACAGCACUGCUUUCAAGGUUGAUGCCGGGAAGCUUCACUAUCACAGGAAAAUCCUGAACAAAAAUGGGCUCAUUACAAUGCAGUCACACGUGAUCCGCUUACCUACCGGAGCCCAGCAACACUCAAUCCUCCUCCUCCUGAACCGCUUCCAUGUGGACAGGAGGAGCAAAUACGACAUCCUCAUGGAGAAGCUCUCAGGUGUGCUGAGUACACGGAAUAACCAGAUAGAGACGCUGGGAAAGCUGAGGGAAGAACUGGGUCUGUGUGAAAGGACGUUUAAGCGUCUGUACCAGUACAUGCUGAGUGCUGGCCUGGCUAAGGUGGUGUCUCGUCCCUUACAAGAGAUUCACCCUGAACGUGGACCUUGUAAGACAAAGAAAGGAACUGACGUCAUGGUUCGGUGCCUCAAGCUGCUGAAGGAAUUCAAACGGAGGUAUGAAGAUGACCAGGACGAGGAUGACGAUGAGGAGGUCAUCUCCAAGGCAGUGCCUCCGGUGGACAUCGUGUUUGAGCGAGACAUGCUCACACAGACCUACGAACUCAUUGAGCGCAGAGGCACUAAAGGCAUCUCCCAAGCAGAAAUCCGAGUGGCUAUGAACGUGGGCAAACUGGAAGCAAGAAUGCUGUGUCGCCUUCUUCAGAGAUUCAAAGUUGUCAAGGGAUUCAUGGAAGAUGAAGGGCGGCAGCGGACCACCAAGUACAUCUCCUGCGUUUUUGCCGAGGAGAGUGACCUCAGCCGGCAGUAUGAAAGAGAGAAAGCCCGAGGUGAGCUCCUGACCACAGUGAGCUUGGCCACCGUGCAGGAGGAGUCCAUGCUGCCGGAAGGAGAAGACACGUUCCUCUCCGAGUCGGACAGUGAGGAGGAGAGCAGCAGCAGCAGCAAGAGGAAAGGCAAAGGAUCGCAAGGGGACGGGACCCAUCGUGCCACCUCAGCCAAGGGUGGGUGGAAGGCUGCAAACCUACCCUCAUUGAAGAAGCCACCAUCUGGCUCCCCAGGAACUGCCGAGGAGAAAGCUUGCUGGGGCUCCGCCGGUGGGGACAGCCUCGAUACCAGUGGCUUCUCAGACACCAGCGUGCCCUUUAGCUCCCGCCGCACAGAGAAGAAUAGUGGCGACAUAGCCUUGAUUGAGGAGGUCCGGCUGGAAAACCCAAAGGAGAGCAGCACCUCCCAGAAGCCUGGGAAGCAAAACCAGGACAAGCCCCAUGAGACCUACCGUCUGCUGAAACGCAGGAACCUGAUCAUAGAAGCUGUCACCAACCUCCGCUUAAUCGAGAGCUUAUUCACGAUUCAGAAAAUGAUCAUGGAUCAGGAGAAGCAAGAGGGUGUGUCCACCAAGUGCUGUAAGAAGUCCAUUGUCCGCUUGGUGCGGAACCUGUCUGAGGAAGGUCUGUUGAGACUAUAUCGAACUACAGUCAUUCAAGAUGGUAUCAAGAAGAAGGUGGAACUGGUGGUGCACCCAUCCAUGGACCAGAAUGACCCUCUUGUGAGAAGUGCCAUCGAGCAGGUCCGUUUCCGCAUCUCCAACUCAAGCACAGCAAACAGGGUUAAAAUUCCCCAGCCUUCAGCGUCCCAAGGAGAGGAGGAUGAGGAAAGUCAAGAAAACGAAGGUCCCAGUGGGUCAGGAUGCUCUUACCUGAAUGGUUCCUCUAAAGCUGACGGUGGCCGGAUGAAGAAAGCAGAUGAGAAAACGGACGUAGGCCAGCUUCAAAACUACCACCCCGUUAUAGUUCCUGGACUUGGGCGGUCUCUAGGGUUUCUGCCCAAAAUGCCUCGCCUGCGGGUGGUCCACGUGUUUCUCUGGUACCUGAUCUAUGGACACCCUGAUGGCAACAUGCUGGAGAAGCGGAGCUUCCACAGUGAGAGGAGACUGGGAAGGCAGGAGCUUGGGAGAGCAGGAGCCCAGCCCUUCUCCGGAAAUGACCCAGAGGCCCCCUCUGAUGCCCCGCCCAGAGACAGCGAAGGCGGCAUCACCCUGGAGACUGAGGUGGAGCCCGACACACAGACAGUGUAUGUGAACGAAGCUUCGUGGAUGCGCUACAUCCCCCCCAUCCCAGUGCACAGGGACUUCGGCUUUGGCUGGGCUCUUGUCAGCGAUCUCCUCCUCCGCCUGCCCCUCUCCAUCUUCAUCCAGAUCGUGCAAGUCUGCUACAAGGUACUGGAGGCCCCCAGGGCUGCCACGCGUCCUGGGGAUGAGCCCCUCAGAGAGGCAACAUGAGUUAGAUCCCUGGCCCCAGACCCAGACCCCAAAGAUGGACGAGAGUCGCAUGAUGGACCCUGUCUCCCUGUGUUUUCCAGACGUUACAUUUUCUCCGUCGUAGAGAGCCUUCAGAGGUUGUGCUACAUGGGGCUGCUGCAGUUUGGUCCCACAGAGAAAUUCCAGGAUAAAGAUCAGGUCUUUGUUUACUUGAAGAAGAAUGCAGUCAUUGUUGACACCACCAUCUGUGACCCACAUUACAACCUCGCGCGCAGCAACCGGCCCUUUGACAGGCGUCUCUAUGUCCUCGACUCCAUGCAGGAUGUGGAAAACUACUGGUUCGAUCUGCAGUGCGUCUGCCUCAAUACCCCACUAGGUGUGGUGCGUAACCCGCGAGCCAAGAAGAACAGCAACGUCGAUCAGGGCAGCGACGAGGAGGGCAGUCUGCAGAAGGAGCAGGAGAACGCCAUCGACAAGCACAACCUGGAGCGCAAGUGCGCCAUGGUGGAGUACACCACGGGGAGCCGCGAGGUCGUGGAUGAAGGUGUGAUCCCCGGAGACGGGCUGGGAGCUGCUGGGCUUGAUUCUAGUUUCUACGGACACUUAAAGCGCAACUGGAUCUGGACCAGCUAUAUCAUCAACAAGGCCAAAAAGGAGAACAUCGCCUCAGAAAAUGGGCUCAUGAUGAGGCUCCAGACGUUUCUGACCAAGCACCCACUGCCACUCGGUACUGGAGGCAAUAGCAAGCUGAGUAUCUGGGGAGAGACAAGAGCGACACCGGAGCUCUCUGCCGACAAGGAAGAGCAGUUUGACAUGGACAGAGAGCCCACAUUGGACAGAAACAAGAGAGUGAGGGGCGGGAAAAGCCAAAAGCGGAAGCGGCUGAAGAAGGACCCUGGAAAGAAGAUCAAGAGAAGGAAAAAAGAAGAAAACAAGGAAGAGAAACCCAGGAAGCUGCGCUACCACGAUGAGGCCGACCAGAGCGCCCUGCAGAGGAUGACCCGCCUCCGUGUGACCUGGUCCAUGCAAGAGGACAGGUUGCUCAUUUUCUGCCGAAUUGCCAGCAACAUCCUCAACACCAAGGUGAAGGGCCCAUUUGUCCCCUGGCAGGUCGUGCGGGACGUUCUGCAUGCUACCCUUGAAGAGUCUUUGGAUAAAACGUCUCAUUCGGUUGGACGAAGAGCUCGCUACUUAGUGAAAAAUCCACAGGCCUAUCUGAACUACAAGGUUUGCCUCGCCGAGGUGUACCAGGAUAAAGUGCUUGUUGGGGAUUUUAUGAAUCGCAAGUAUAACUAUAACGACCCAAAGGUCUGUGCCAACGAGUUUAAAGAAUUAGUGGAGAGGCUUAAAGAGAAGUUCAGCUCGUCCCUGAAGAGUCCGCACCUUGAAAUCCCAGACACGUUGCAGGAGCUGUUUGCCAGAUACCGAGUUUUGGCAAUUGGCGAAGAAAAAGAUGAACUCAAUAAAGAGGAUGAACUUAAUAGCAUGGACGACAUCCACGCCCUGCUGCUCCAGAACCUCAUCCAGAGCACACUGGCCCUCUCGGACAGUCAGAUGAAGUCCUGCCAGUCGUUCCAGACUUUCCGCAUAUACCGGGAGUACAAGGAGCAGAUUCUCGUCAAGGCCUUCAUGGAGUGCCAGAAAAGGAGCCUGGUCAACCGGCGCCGGGUCAAUCACAGCCUGGGCCCGAAGAAGAACCGGGCUCUGCCCUUCGUGCCAAUGUCCUACCAGUUAUCCCAGACCUACUACAGGAUUUUUACCUGGCGAUUUCCAAGCACCGUCUGCACAGAAUCAUUCCAGUUCUUCAAGAGAAUGCUGGCUGCUGGCAAGUCAGACCAGCCAAACCACUUUGCCUUCAAAGACCAGGAUAAUACCGACUCCACAGAUGACAUGGUGGUGUUUUCUUUGGACUGCCCUGGGGGACAUUGUGUGGCAGCCCUAACCCUUCUGUCUCUGGGCCUUGUUUCCGUGGAUGUCAAGAUCCCAGAGCAGAUUGUGGUGGUGGACAGUUCAAUGGUGGAAAACGACGUCAUUAAGAGCCUGGGAAAGGACGGGAGCUUGGAGGACGACGAGGACGAAGAGGAUGACUUGGACGAAGGCUCAGGAAGCAGACGCCGGAGCAUCGAGGUGAAAGCCCACCAGGCCUCCCACACCAACUACCUGCUCAUGAGGGGCUGCUACGUCCCUGGCAUCGUAAGCAACCGCAACCUCAACCCCAACGACAACAUCGUGGUGAACUCCUGCCAGAUGAAGUUCCGGCUCCGCUGCACCCCCGGGCCUUUCAGCCUGGGGCCCGCCGACCCUUCUCUGGAAGAGCUGGCAGUGGGGAUCUCCUGCCUGCCUGACACUUUAACCAGAGUGAUAAACACCCAGGAAAACAGCUUGGAGGAGUUUGUCCACCUGAUGGCGCUGUCUGGGUACAAACCAGAAGACGUGGUUGCCGCCUUGGAGAUCCAGAGGGCCAUUGCAGCCACAGGCUGUUUUGGGGUUGACAGGAUGGUGCUGAGCAAGCGGUUCUCCGCCUUUGAGACCAUAGGAGGCGGGCGCACCAGGGCCUUCACUGACUACGUCCAGGACCUCCUGGAGCAGCACCAGGUCCUGGAAGUUGGUGGUAACACCAUUCGCCUGGUGACUAUGGCUUCUGCCCAGCCCUGGCUCGUGCACUCGGUGCGUGUAAAAGGCCAAGAGGAGAAUGCUGAAUCUCAAAGAGAAGACCUCCAGCCCAGACCCCCAGAGGGCCCUUCCAGUGAUGGCAGCCCGUUUGCAAGGCAGGCCCCACUUCCCCAGGGCCCCCGGAGCACCAAGAGGCAUGCCAGCUGGGCCAGCAGCGAGCUGGCUAGUCUGAGCAGUUCCCAGAGCUCCCAGCAGCCCCCUGCAAAGAGGCCGGCGCUCCAGGACGUGCGCAGCCUUGGGCCAAGGGCAGAAGCAGGGCCGGAAACCCGGGCCCGUGCUCUGCCUGCAGCUCCUGAAAACACAGGGGCCAGGGAGUCUCUCCUGGGAGCAGCAGCGGCUGGGCAGGAGGCCGAAGAGGAUGUCACGGCGCCCCUCUCACCAGGUCGGGAACAGCUGAGCUAUCAGGGCCAGCUGGUGGAAGUCUGUGAAGACCCCCGAGGUCUGCCCGAGAGUUCUGUGGCCGGCAGCCUCUCGCCAACAGCCCAGGGAAGGGACUGCGAGAGCAUCUGCUUCAUCGGGCGCCCGUGGCGCAUCGUGGACGGCAACCUGAACAUAGCAGUGUGCAAGGGCAUGAUGGAGGCCCUGCUGUACCACAUCAUGAGCAAGCCCGGCGUUCCCGAGAGCCGCCUGCUGCAGCACUACCACGGCGUCCUGCAGCCCGUGGCCGUGCUCGAGCUCCUCCAGGGUCUAGAAUCCCUCGGCUGCAUCAGGAAGCGCCUGCUGGGGAAGCCCCCGCCUGUCUCGCUCUUCUCGAAGCCUGCGGUGGGAGAGCUUGAGGUGGCCCCCAGCCCCAGCCCCAGCCUGAGCGAGAGCGAGAGCGCCACGGUCUUCUAUGAGCCCACGCUGGACUGCACCCUCCGCCUGGGCCGAGUCUUCCCACACGAGGUCAACUGGAACAAGUGGGUCCACUUCUAA